UCCACCGUAGACUCUUCACUUUGCUGAACUCUCUCUCUAUAUUUUAGAACUAAGAAGAAGAAGAAAAAAUGACGGAGGCUGUGAUAAGGAAGAAGCCAGGAAUGGCGAGCGUGAAGGACAUGCCGAUCCUCCAAGACGGGCCUCCCCCGGGUGGGUUCGCCCCCGUCAGAUACGCCCGGCGUAUACCCAACAAGGGCCCCAGUGCUAUGGCUAUCUUUCUAGCUGCUUUCGGUGCCUUCUCUUAUGGGAUGUACCAGGUCGGCCAAGGGAACAAGAUCCGCAGGGCACUGAAGGAAGAAAAGUAUGCUGCACGUAGAGCAAUAUUACCUGUGCUUCAAGCUGAAGAAGACGAAAGAUUUGUCAAAGAGUGGAAGAAGUAUCUUGAGUAUGAAGCUGAAGUGAUGAAGGAUGUUCCUGGUUGGAAAGUAGGCGAAAAUGUAUACAAUUCAGGGAGAUGGAUGCCCCCUGCAACUGGUGAGCUCCGUCCUGAAGUUUGGUGAUACCCUUUUUAUCUACUCGUUGUCCACGUUGGGCUUGUUUUCUGUUGAUUGAAGGAUGCUUGUUCUUGUUCGCAUUAAGCGAAAUAAAACAAUUGGAAAUUCAGAAACCUAUUUCUGAACGGAGAGUAUUACUGAUACCGCCCGAUAUUGUCAUUUAUUCCUUUACCUUCUACGUCUUAUCCUGAAAAUGUUAGGAAAAUAAUUUUCAUGGAA